AUGGGUAAGGAAGUAUUUGAUACAUUCUUUGUGAUUCACGGAGCACCUUUAGUGCUGAUCGACGACACACUACCCGCCAGAACUUUCUUGAAGUCGUGGAGAGAGAAGAUCUUACCGGAGAAGCCCAAAUAUGUUCUCGUGAUUUCCGGUCACUGGGAGACGAACGAGCCCUCCAUCAAUGUCGUCGACCGCCAUGAAACAAUCCAUGAUUUCGAAGACUUCCCACCCGAGAUGUAUGAGCUCCAGUACCCUGCUCCGGGCUCUCAAGAGUUGGCCAGCAAGGUGAACGAUGUUCUCGUGGCCGCCGGGUACAAGCCUCUCCACGUUGACACCAAGCGCGGCCUCGACCACGGAGCUUGGGUUCCACUCAUGCAGAUGUACCCGGAAGCCGACGUGCCGGUGUGCCAGCUCUCCAUCCAGUCCCACGAGAACGGAACCUAUCACUUCAACUUGGGCAAGGCUCUUGCUCCUCUCAGGGAGCAAGGAGUCCUCAUCAUCGGCACCGGAAGUGUCACCCACAACAUGGAGUCCCUCAUCGUCAACAACGUCGGCGGCACCGUGGCACCAUGGGCACUCGAGUUCGACAACUAUAUUAAGGACGCGCUGCUCAACGGAAGGUACGAUGAGGUGAACCAGGCUUUGGAGAAACAUCCACACGCCAAAAUGGCUCACCCGGAUGGACCGGUGCACUUUUAUCCCCUUCUGGCGGCCAUUGGAGCCGCCGGAGGAGAAAAGGCCAAGGCGGAGCUCAUUCAUCACAGCUUUAGCCGGCAUACCAUCUCCUAUGCCAACUACCGGUUUAGGUCAACUGAGUGAUAAGGUUUUCAUUUGUUGAGUGCCUGAUUGAUCCAUGCGUUGUGCGUGAUUACGCUAUCUGUUAACGGAUGCGUGUUAAUCACUUCAUUAUCAUUAUCAUUAUCGUUAUCGUUGUUCAUCGUGGAGAGUACUCGUUAAUUUAGUUGUUUUGGGUAUGUAAGGUGUGAGCUGGUGCCAUUUUGUGUAAUAAUAUUUUUGGUGCUCCCAGAUGUCUGUGAGGGAAGUGCAUUCACUUA